UCCCUCCAGCCUCCUCUCACAGUGCUGAUCAGAGCCAGUGGAGGCUGUGCGUGAGGCCCUGCUCCGCUGUUUGACUGUAGACUGAACACUGAGUCGAGAGGGUUUGACGUCAGCGCGGGGCACGUUAGUUCUCGUCCCUGCUGGUCGGGGUACGAGUAGGGAGCUGGUCUCACCUAACAGAUGUGUCUGGGACACUCCAGUCUAUUUAUUCUAUCAAUUACAUACAGAUCCAGACGAGCACAAUGGAAGUAUUGGAAGGAUGCAGGGUCGACAGAGUGCAGGAGAUGAGGGCUGCUGCCCCGGCUGAGGGAUAUGUGAAGGAGUUCACGCGCCACUCCAACGACGUGCUGCUGAACCUGAACGAACUCCGGCACCGCAACAUCCUGACUGACACCACCCUGGUUGUGGGCAAUGUACACCUACGGGCACACUGUGCCGUGCUUGUGGCCUGCAGUGGGUUCUUCUACUCGCUGUACUCUCACCGUGUACUGCUUCAGGGGCGUGGUGGCAGCGGGGAGCAGCUCAUGACAGUGUCUCUCCCCGACACCCUCAACCCAUCCAGCAUCUCCCUGCUGCUCGACUUCAUGUACACCUCCCGCCUCCCUCUGACGCCAAGCAUCGUCCCCGGGGUGCUCACGGCUGCAACCUACCUGCAGAUGGACCACGUGGCCGAUACCUGCAGGGAUUUCAUGCAGCUACACUGCAGGGAGAAUAUGAGUGCAAGACACCCUCAACUGGAGCUGGACUCCAGGGUGUCUGUAGCCUCUGUAGCCCCCAAAGGAGGAGACCUGCCCAAUCCAGGACCCCAGAGAUUCCUCCCAACAAUGGCUGCAACAAGGGUCCCUGCGGAGCUCGGGGGCUCUCUCAAGCCAGGGGCUUUCCCGACCUGCCAGCCCGGGUCAAAGGCGCUGAAAGGAGAGCCUGAGUCGCCCCUCGUGGGCACCCCGACUCCAUCUCCAGACAGCCCCACCCGCUCCAGCUGCCAACCAAACUCUCCAGCAGAAUCCAACACCUGCAACAAAAACCUUGUGAGUGAUGUCAAAUCCACACCAGACCCAAAGGCCUGCAAUUGGAAAAAAUACAAGUACAUAGUCCUCAACCCUCUCUGUGCAGCCACCACAGUGAAGGAAGAAGAGAUGGAGGCACCACAAAGUCACACAUCACCCCUGGUCGACAGGAUGGGCUCAACAGAGGCGUGGUCUGGAGAAGUGCCUGGUCAGAUUGAUAGACAGGGGCAGGCCUCCUGCUACGAGGGUUCUGGCCGAGCCCCUCCCCUGGGGCCACCCCCCUCUGUGGAUCACCCAACAGUGCCUUCCACUCACAAGGAGGGAACAGUCUCACCAUGCAGCAUUUUCCCAAACCCGCACCCCUCUGAUGCAGAAGUAGCCCACCACAACCAGCAUGCAGUCAAGCGUGAGAACUACUAUGUGCCUUACUGUUAUUCUGGCAACCUCCAAGGAACCAAGACAGUCUGCUCAGGUGACAAGCCGUACCGCUGUAAUGUGUGCGGCGCCCAGUUCAAUCGACCGGCCAACCUGAAGACUCACUCUCGCAUUCACUCAGGGGAGAAACCUUACCGCUGUGACACCUGUGGCGCACGAUUUGUUCAGGUCGCCCAUCUGAGGGCCCACGUCCUGAUCCAUACAGGGGAGAAGCCUUACCCCUGCAACACCUGUGGCACCCGCUUCCGCCACCUACAGACCCUGAAGAGUCAUCUGCGCAUUCACACCGGAGAGAAGCCUUACACUUGCGAGAAGUGUGACCUUCACUUCCGCCACAAGAGUCAGCUGCGUCUUCACCUGCGUCAGAAACACGGAGCCGUCACCAACACCAAGAUCCGCUACAAGGUCCUGACUGAGACCUACCAGCCUAUUCUGCAGGUCUGCUGAAGAGGUCUGACCUUUGACUCGUUUAUCAGAAUAAUGUCUGAAUAUCUCAAUCUGAAGAAAAUGUGAAAUUUGGUGAUUUAAUUAACAAUUUUAAAUUAUUCACAGCUGUUUUUAAAUAUGAGGUGGUAAUUUAUAACUUUUAACAGACUGUAGAUUUGGAGAAAGAGACAAAUAACAUUAGCAUUGACAUGUUGUUGGAUGAGUUUUGGAGCUUGGAGCUAACAUAACACACUUAAGAAUUAUUAUUAUAAGGUUCAUUAAAAACCCUGGGUGGCUUUUUGGAGAUGGAGAUGGUGUUAAGAAAAGUGUUUUUGAAGGUUUGUGAAGGAAUGAAAAGAAGGGAACAAGAAUAUGGAGAGAAGUUUGGGAUGUGUGCACACUGUGUUUUAAAGAAGUCUGAGUAUGUGAACGGUUUGAAGGAAAGAUAAAGUAAGUUUUAUGAAGGAGAGGUGAUGAAUCUUGGAGUUUUUGGAGUAAAUUAAAUUCUGACAUUUGUUUUAAGCCUGGAGAAGCACUUAAUGAGUGUUCAGUUACUGAAAUCUUAAAUGUUAAAUGUGUAUUUAACUCAGAUUUAUCUUAACCUUGAGGCCUGGGGCCUGCGUGUUCUUUAAAAAAAUAAGCAGUGAUAUCUGCUUUCAUAGUCCGAGCAGGCAAAGGACUUAGUUGUCAUGUACUUUGGCAUAAAGUAUAAAAAUUAAAUGAUUUGUUUUCCGACAUAAAUAAGAUGACUGUAAGCAAUUGGAUAAGUGAUAAUAAUAUUACAUUUGUAUGUUUAUGAGUUCAUUUGCUGGACAAAGAUGGUUUUGUACAAAUUAAAUUAAAUCAUUUUUAUAUCAAUUGGA